AUGGCCGGAAGCGUGUUUGCACGUUGGUGGGCCAAGAUGAGCCCGUACUACACCAAAGCGUAUCAAGAGAUGUGGGUGGGUGUUGGCCUCAUGGCGUACGUCUACUACAAAAUCUCCUAUGGAGGCAAGAAGGCAGUGAAGGACAGUAAGUAUCCAAACUUCUAA